CUGAGCUCCGUGAGGAUUCCCCGAGGGCCGGACUGCAGAGCCGUGCCAGCACUGGUGUCCGGAGUGGGGCUGUUUCUCUGGCCAGUCAGUGACUUCUGCCAUGGCUGUGUAUGUGGAUCACCGGACGGAGGCUCCGGAUUCAGUGGCCUCCCCUUCUCUUAUAACGUGGCACUCUGUCCAACCUCUCCUGGCAGUCGCUUCCAUCAGCACAGCGGCAGGAGGCUGUGUGGAUAUCUACCUGGAGCAGGGAGAACACGUGCCUGACACACACGUGGAGAGAAGCUCUCAGGUCACAUCGCUCUCCUGGCACCCUUCCAGGCCGAUCUUGGCAGCUGGCUGGGAGACUGGAGAAGUCGUCAUACUUAACAAACAAGACAAGGAGCUCCACACCGUGCCGCCAAACCACAGCGCCAAAAUCUCUAUCCUACAGUGGAGCAGCAAUGGCUCCCGCCUCGUGUCUGGGGACAGGCAUGGUAUCUUGUUUCUAUGGAGAAUGGACCAGCGAGGUCGAGUGCAAGGUCCUCCCGUGCUGAAACACGACUAUGGAAAAUGUCUGUCGCACUGCAUCUUCCGACCGCCCCCUCCUGGCGAAGACUUCCUACAGCUGGCAAAAGCUGCUGUGAGUGGUGAUGAGAAAGCCUUGGAUAUGUUUAACUGGAGAAAAGCUGGAACAGAAGCACCUUUGAAAAUAGGACUCCAGGAAGGACUGUCCUUCUUUGUCACCUUGACUGAUGGUUCUGUGCACUACGUGAAUGAGAAAGGAAAGACAAGCCACAUAUUGUCAGCUGACAACCUUGUACAGAAGCUUCUGUUCAUGGAGAAAAAAGAUGCAUUGGUUGUAAUAACGGAGAACCUGCUGUUGUCCUUGCAUACAGUUACUCUCGAGGGAGAUGCCAAGGAGCUCAUGAAGGUGAAGUUGAGUGGGAAAACUGGUAAUUCUGCAGACAUCUUUUUAAUAGACCAUAGCCUUAUUGUUACAGCACUGGGUGAGACAGUACUCAGGUUCUGGGAUUUGGACCGAGGUGAGAACUAUGUGCUCUCCCCCGAUGCGCAAUUUGGCUUUGAGGCUGGGGAGUGCAUGAACUGUGUUUCUUACUGCAGUGCUAAAGGUCUCCUAGCAGCUGGUACUAACAAAGGGAGAGUGGCAAUGUGGAGGAACAUGUCAGUAUCCAGUCAGAGCACAGGGGCUUUGGAGGGCAAGGAGAAGUGGAAGCUCCAUGCAUCUACAGAACUUGAAGGAAAUAUCACUCAGAUAAAGUGGGGCUCCCGAAAAAACCUCCUGGCAGUGAACAGCAUCAGCUCUGUGGUCAUCCUCAGUGAGCAGGCCAUGUCGUGUCACUAUAAUCAGCAAGUGGCUGCUGUGCAGGUGUCUCCCAGCCUGUUUAAUGUGACCUUCUUCAGCACGGGAGCCACACACAAUCUUCAUGUUGAUAUGACUGUGAACGGAGUCUUCGCUACCAAGGAUGCUGUAGUGCUCUGGAAUGGGAAGCAAGUUACUGUCUUUGAGUGCUCAGAAGAUACCUUAAGAAAUGCAGGCUCUUUUCUUUGUGACUCUCCAGUUCUGUCAGUGCAUGGAGAAAAUCUGUACACAGUUGAGCCGUAUCGGGUCCAAGUUCGUACCUGGCAGGGAACAGUUAAACAGCUUCUGGUGUUUUCUGAAGCAGAGGGGAAUCCGUGCCUCUUGGAUGUCUGUGGAAACUUCCUGGCUGUGGGAACUGAUUUGGCUCACUUUAAAAUCUUCGAUCUCUCUCGCAGAGAGGCAAAAGUGCACUGCAAUAGCAAGAAUUUCUCUGAGCUGUUUCCUGGGCUUGGGAACAUUGCAUCUGUCAAGUGCAACGCUAACGGCAGUAAAGUCAGCAUCCUUGUUAGCAAGGCAAAUGGGAGUACUGAUUCCAAGGUCUGUUUCUAUGAUGUUGAAAUGGACAAAGUUACACUCUUUGAUUUCAAAGCUGAACAAGGAAUUGGUAGAGAUAAGCUUUCUUCUGGGCAUGGUACUGGCAGGUCUGUUGUGGAGUAUCCAGAGCUGCACAAUCACAUCCCUGUUUGCCAUUUCUGGGACUGCAGUGAACCGAGACUUUUUGUAUGUGAAACAGCUCCUGAAACAGGUGUACGGCCCCCAGGUCAGAAGAACAGUCAGACUGAGAGCAUGGUGGAUGUUUGGGUCGUAUCAUUCUUCAGUACUGAAGAACACGGCCUUUUGCUUCAGGACAGCUUCCCACUGCCUUCAUCGUGUGAGGUUCUUCUGGGCAUUGAUGUACCACAUUUUUACUUUGCAAAAAAGCCAGGGGAAACCGGGAAAGGACAAGCGGAGUCAGGCUCAAAGGUCUUGCAGAUGGCUUCCAGACGACCCAUGAGAGAUUUCGUUGGAUUAGGAGACUGUGAUAAGGCCACCCGGGAUGCCAUGCUGAACUUCAGCUUCUGUCUGACUGCUGGGGACAUGGACGAGGCGUUCAAGUCCAUCAAGCUGAUAAAAAGUGAGGCUGUCUGGGAGAACAUGGCUCGCAUGUGUGUGAAGACUCAGAGGCUUGAUGUUGCCAAAAUUUGCCUUGGAAACAUGGGUCAUGCAAGAGGAGCCAAAGCAUUAAGGGAAGCAGAGCGGGAACCUGAGCAGGAAGCCAGAGUUGCUGUGCUGGCAGUUCAGCUGGGCAUGCUGGAGGACGCAGAGCAGCUGUACAAGGCUUGCAAACGCUACGACCUUCUGAACAAGUUCUAUCAGGCCACAAACCAGUGGCAGAAAGCCAUUGAAACAGCUGAAGCUCACGACCGGGUUCACCUCCGCACCACUUACUACAGCUAUGCUAAGCACCUGGAGGCAGUCGGAGAGCACGCUCUUGCACUCAGCCACUACGAGAAGUCAGACACACACAGGUUCGAGGUGCCCCGAAUGCUCUCUGAAGACCUGCAGGCACUGGAGAACUACGUCAACAAGAUGAAAGACAAGAGCCUGUGGAAAUGGUGGGCACAGUACCUGGAGAGCCAAUCAGAUUUGGAAUCUGCAUUAAAAUACUACGCACUGGCUCAGGAUUAUUUUUCCCUAGUCCGUGUCCACUGCUUUCAGGGCAACAUUCAGAAGGCUGCUGAAAUAGCAAAUGAAACAGGAAAUUGGGCGGCUUCAUACCACUUGGCCCGCCAGUAUGAGAGCCAGGAUGAAAUCAAGCAGGCUGUGCACUUCUACACCAGGGCCCAGGCAUUUAACAAUGCCAUUCGCCUGUGUAAGGAGAACAAUUUAGAUGAUCAGCUGAUGAACCUGGCUCUCCUGAGCUCUCCAGAAGACAUGAUAGAGGCAGCCUGCUAUUAUGAGGAGAAGGGGGAGCAAAUGGACAGAGCUGUGAUGUUGUACCACAAGGCAGGACAUUUCUCCAAAGCACUGGAGCUAGCCUUUGCCACGCAGCAGUUUGGAGCCUUACAGCUAAUUGCUGAAGACCUCGAUGAGAAGUCAGACCCAGCUCUGCUGGCUCGCUGUUCUGAUUUUUUUAUUGAACAUGCUCAGUAUGAGAAGGCAGUGGAAUUGCUGCUCACAGCCAAAAAGUACCACGAAGCUCUGCAGCUGUGUCUGAAGCAGAACCUGACCAUCACAGAGGAGAUGGCUGAGCGGAUGACGGUCUCUAAGGACUCCAAGGACCUCUCUGAGGAGUCCCGCAGAGAACUCUUGGAGCAAAUUGCAGACUGCUGCAUGAGACAAGGCAAUUACCACAUGGCAACCAAGAAGUACACGCAAGCUGGAAAUAAGUUAAAGGCUAUGAAGGCACUGCUGAGAUCUGGAGACACAGAGAAAAUUGUCUUCUUUGCGGGAGUCUCUAGACAGAGAGAGAUUUACAUCAUGGCAGCCAACUAUUUGCAGUCACUGGAUUGGCGUAAGGACCCAGAGAUUAUGAAGAACAUCAUCAGCUUCUACACCAAAGGGAGGGCCCUGGAUCUGUUGGCAGGAUUUUACGAUGUGUGUGCUCAGGUGGAAAUUGAUGAGUAUCAGAACUAUGAGAAAGCACAGGGAGCACUGACAGAAGCAUAUAAAUGUCUUUCAAAAGCAAAGACCAAAAGCCCUCUGGAACAGGAAAGCAAGCUAGCACAUUUGCAAAGCAAGAUGGCUCUCAUAAAGCGAUUCAUCCACGCUCGGAGGGUUUACUCCGAGGAUCCCAGAGAAGCCGUCAGACAGUGCGAACUUCUCCUGGCUGAACAAGAUCUUGACGACACCAUCCGGCAGGGCGAUGUCCUGGGAUUUCUGGUUGAACAUUAUUUACAAGUGGAGGAAUUCCAUGUGGCUUACCAGUACCUGGAACAGAUGCGGAAAAGAAUUCCAUGCACAAACCUGGCUUACUAUGUCAAGCAGCAGACGAUUGAGGCGGUUCACCAAGGAGCAGGAAUUCCCAUCAGCCAAGCCUUGCUUCCAGAGCAGAGUCAGCACAGCAGCACGGAGAACAAGGACGUGGAAGAAGAAGUGGCUGAUGAAGUGGAAGGGCCCUGACACCUCACAGUUAGCAGCACCAAGGCUGAGCACUACAUCGUUUAUUCUGUAGUCUUUAGGGGUCACAGAUCAGUCAGCAAACUGCUGCAGCAGACUCUUUUGAUUAUUACCAAGAAAUUUAUUUUUUUUCUGCUUGACUCUAUAAUCAACAGUGAUGGAUUAUUUUAAACACUACAUACAAAAAGCAGACUGUACCUAGCCUGGUAUGAAUCUAGUUUUUGUAUUUUAAUAAAGAAAAGUUUAAAAAGA